AUGAAGGGAGUUGGUAAUGCUGGGCUCCGUGAGCUUAUGGUUGAGCCUUUGCAGCGAAUCCCACGAUAUCAGCUUUUGAUCGGUAAUUUGCUGAAGCAUCUACCGUCAACUUCCCCACAAGUGCAGCGGCUGCAAGACGCAUCUUCAGCAGCAACGCUUAUUGCAUCACGUCGCGUAACUGACGGAGAACGUCUGGCUGCCGUACUCUGGAGCUGUCAACGAACUAUUGAUCGCUUCCCUCCCGAGCUUGUUAGCCUGCAUCGCGAGUUACUUGGUUGUAUUGAUGUGGAUGAACUGACUGCAGACACGACCCAGUCGAAGGCAUUUUACACACUUGGUUCUGUUCUUGGGCGUCGUACACGAUCAUCUUUCGCUUUGCUCAUCUUCACAGAUGCGCUAGUAUUGAUUCAGCGUCAUUCGUCGACGCCAACCCACAUCCUUCUUGGUGUGCAUGAGCCAGACAGGCUUGCCGAGAUGAUGCGAUCCGCACAAAUUGGUCCGCACCAAAAUUCUAGGCGGACGGAGCUGUCAUUUGCGGGCAUGGCAAGUCUCCUCGAUGUCUCUGCUUCUGGACAGGGGUCGCAAUUCACUCUGGAGUUCAAACGACCGUUGCGCGGAGCUCAAAAUAGGGUUUUGACUCGUCACUUUGUGGAUGCUAUGCCGGAUGCACAAUCCUCUCAUAUUCCUCUCUUUCUUGACUGUCUAUGGCAAUCCCAGGUCAUUUAUCGUGCUCGUGGACAUGCUUUAGCAGCACGAACAAAUGUUACUGACUCGUCAAAGGGUCCACUAUCUCUCUUCUGGACCCUAUUUACCCGCUCACAAUAUGACCGUUUCAAAAGCCGCGAUCGACUGCUUAUCAUGCUUGGUUCGCUUGAUUAUUCUUCGCGCGACGCCAUGGCACGGUCUUCUGAGCUGUUUGUGAAUGUGGAACUUCAAGAAGAUGUAGAUGAAUGCAUUGCAUAUCUGAGUCGAGCGUGGGGUGCCCAAACUCGACAAGUGACCACGCCGUUAACGGAUUUGCCACGCAUAUGUGCGGAUCUUCUUGUGUUGACUACAUUGCCUUCAACCAAACCGGUAGUUGUUCCUGUUGAGGUGUCGCCCAAUAAGCCCGUGCGUCGUGCUCAAUCAUUGCAUACGGAGCGACGCAAUGUGCCUAAUGUUCAUCGUGCACGAAGUCUUAUGAGUGAACGUGUGCGGGCUAGUAUCCAUGAAAGUCUCGAGGCAGUUCAGAAGAGUGAAUGCCAAGAACUUCAGCUCGGCCGCAAACGCAGUGUACCUUUAGCCGAUUUGAGCAACAUGUCACCAAAGCGUCGCGUUCUUCCAAGCGAAGCAGAGGGUUCCGAGAAUGUGCCGAUUCCUGUGCAAGAGGCAAUGCCUCAAGCUGAACCAAUGGAUGAACAGGGUACGCCAAAUAAACGUGGUCCGGCACAAUUAAGUAUGUAUGCUGAUGAUACGCUCGACUUGCCGAAUCCAUUCGACGAACGCGGCGCUAUGCCUAGCUCCUCUCCCAUUCUGCCUGAGCCGACGAAAAUGGAAGAACCGGUGGCGGAGAUACUUCAUGAAGCGGUUCUGGAUGAACCAAUGCACGAUGUUCCUGGUGAACAGUUGCCGCCGGAAAGUGCUGUUGAGCCAACACAUGUCCAUGAAGAACCUAAUCCUUCUGUAUCAACUCAGAAACCAGAGCUCGAGGAAGAACAUGUGCCAUUCUCAUUACCAGAGCAAGAACAAGCCGCACCAGAUGCCGAACCCAAGGCGGAACCAGGGCAAGAGACAAUGCCAGUGGCAGGCGAUAAUCUAUUGCCCGAUCCUACUGUUGGGGAAUCUGCAAGCGAGCCUAUUCCAACCAACAAUUCUGUGGCUGACGAGUCACAGGCACCACCACCACCGCCCAAAGAACUCUCUAAGCUAAAGGCUCCGAGUGUCUCUGAGAAGGAAAUGCAUGACAUGUUAAGACCAUUGCUUGAGCACAUUCAAGUGACGCCUAGUCACCAGCCUGUGGUUGUACAUGCCAAGAGGGGAGAGGUUGCCGAGUCAAGACGCGCUGAAAUUGUUGUGCCGCAACCUCUGGAUAUAUCGCAACAUCAGCUUGAGACACUCCCAGAAGAGAGAUCGGGCGAUGAUAUACUCUAUGUGCCGCCAACCUCUGAGACGACCGACUUGGCGACGAUGAAACAUGCUAUUACAAGUUUGAAUGAACGGAUUCUAUCACUUCGGCGCUUCCGCCCCUCAGCUCAAACGCCUGAAUGGCCCGAUGAAUGGAACGCUUUCAAGCAGGCCGUGAAGCACCUGAAUGUUUCUUGGACGAAGAUGGAGCGUGCCUAUGAGAACAAUCAAAUGGAGCUUGCAUCUCUUCGAUUAACACAGCCUGAAUACGAUACUCGCGUCCAUCUGUCGCAAGAAGAAUACUCCGACCUUCAAAACCAAUGUAACAUGGUUCUUCCACUUCGGCUUCAGGUGGAGAAGCUCACAGAACAAAGUGAAUCGUUGAAAGAGCUCGAAAGAGAUACGCGUUUGGAGAAUGCUGAAUUGUAUAAUGUAUUCAACGAAGAGCUCAGUAAAUUGUACCGACACAGUUUUCGCCCUGCAAACGAAGAGAUUGACACACUUCGUGAGGCCCUCGUGGCAGCCAAGAAAGAAGUUAAUGACUUGCGCAAGGAGAAUCGGUUCUUGCGCCUCCACCAUACCAUAGGAGACGCACCUUAG